AUGGGAGUCUUUAAAAUUGAUGCUCUCGUAGUCGGGGCCGGUUUUGGAGGGAUCUAUCAGCUGAAGAAGCUACUGGACCUUAAGCUCUCGGUCAAAGUCAUUGAUGCCGCAGACGAUGUCGGUGGCACGUGGUAUUGGAAUCGCUACCCAGGUGCUAUGUCAGACACGGAGUCCUUCCUGUACAGGUACUCUUGGGAUGUGGAAGAUUUGAAGUCCUAUCCUUGGAAUCGACACUACCUCCAGGGACCUGAGAUCCUCGAGUAUCUCGAACACGUGGUCGAAAGAAACAAUCUUCGCAAACAUUUCCAGUUCAACACAGAGCUCAUAGGCGCCACUUGGAGUGAUGCAGAGGAGAGAUGGAUUGUGGAGACAUCUGUCGGCGAUACCUUCAAGUCCAGGUACCUCGUCACCGCGUUGGGGCUGCUCUCAAAGUCCAAUAUACCGAACAUUCCUGGAAUCGAUUCCUUCAAGGGACAACUUCACCACACUGGUCGAUGGCCGAAAGGUCUUGACAUCCGCGGAAAGAAAGUGGGUGUCAUCGGCAACGGCUCUACUGGCACACAAGUCAUCACGGCAGUCGCCAAAGAGGUUGAGACCCUCGUUUGCUUCCAACGCACACCACAGUACAGCGUGCCCAGCGGAGAUCGAGAGGUGGCUCCGGGCUACCGAGACGAUCUGAAUCAAAAGUACACUGAGGUAUGGAAGGACGCCAAGAACACCAUGUUCGCGUUCGGGUUUCAGGAAAGCGACCGUCCUACCUUUAGUGUGGAUGAAGCAGAACGCGAAAAGAUAUUCGAAUCAGCCUGGCAAAAAGGAGGCGGCUUUAGAUUCAUGUUUGAAACUUUCUGUGAUAUCUCAUAUGAUGAAGCGGCCAACAAUGCUGCUGCAGACUUCAUUCGAAAGAAGAUUUCUGAGAUUGUGAAAGAUCCUGAAACGGCGAGGAAACUGACCCCAACCGACUACUAUGCGAGAAGGCCUCUGUGUGAUUCUGGAUAUUAUGAGCAAUUCAACAGACCUAAUGUCAAGCUUGUGGACCUUAAAGAAACGUCGAUUAGCCAAGUCGUCCCACAGGGGGUGAAAUUGGAGAACGGCGAAGUACACGAGCUGGAUCUGUUAGUGUUUGCGACUGGGUUCGACGCAGUCGAUGGCAACUACAGUCGAAUCGCCAUCAAGGGUCGCGACGGACGCUCUCUCAAGGACCACUGGACUGCUGCUGGGCCAGUCUCAUAUCUUGGCAUAUCAGUCCCUGACUUCCCAAACAUGUUCAUGGUUCUAGGACCCAAUGGGCCAUUCACAAAUUUGCCUCCUACCAUCGAGACUCAAGUGGAAUUCAUCACAGACCUCAUCGAGAUAGCUGAGUUAUCACGGUCUAGACCAACGUUGAACGGCGAAUCAAAAUCACUAUCGACUAGCAACGCCACGGCCGACGCUGUCAAUGGUACUCCAGGGUAUGGUCCAGAGGUUAUCGAAGCGACCAAGGAGGCCGAAGAAGAGUGGACCGAGCUAUGUGACAAACUGAGCUCGGGCAGUCUCUUCCGCAAGACAGAUUCCUGGAUCUUCGGCGCCAAUAUUCCUGGAAAGAAGCCGGCUGUCAUGUUCUUUUUUGGUGGACUUGCGAAUUAUAGGUCGAAGCUCCAGGAGAUCCUUGCGAACAACCUGCAAGGCUUUGUCAGACGAGGUCAGGGCAAGGGUUUAGCCGCUCCUAGUAAUGCGCCUGUAACUCAGAGUGUGGCUGUUGGAUCCUGA